CAAGUUGCAGCCAAGUGAGCAAGACAACACACCAUAUUUCUGAGAUAAUCAAGAUCAGCACCUGUGCAAGAUGGAGUACCAGGGACAUCAGCAGCACGGUCAGGCGACUAACCGCGUCGACGAGUACGGUAACCCGGUUGCCGGACAUGGCGUCGGCACAGGCGCGGCCGCUGGUGGGCAUUUCCAGCCCUCGGGGGAGGAGCACAAGGCCGGCGGGAUCCUGCAGCGCUCCGGCAGCUCUAGUAGCUCCAGCUCGUCUGAGGAUGAUGGCAUGGGCGGGAGGAGGAAGAAGGGCAUCAAGGAUAAGAUCAAGGAGAAGCUCCCUGGUGGCCACGGCGACCAGCAGCAGACCACUGACAACACCUACGGACAGCAAGGUCAUACGGCAGGGAUGGCCGGCACUGGCGGCACCUACGGCCAGCCGGGACACACCGGAAUGGCCGGCACUGGGACGCAUGGCACCGACGGCACCGGCGAGAAGAAGGGCGUCAUGGACAAGAUCAAGGAGAAGCUGCCCGGACAGCACUGAGCCCGGCCCACGGCCGCUACUUGUGAAAGUUUGAGGUGCCGGUCUGGGACACCUCUGCAGAAUAAUAAGAUGGAGAUACAAUAAAACUUCCUGAAAUAAUGUGAGUUUUAGCUCACUUGUAAUGUCUGAGUUCCGAGUUUUGUGGACUUAAAUAUGGGUUUCUUGUAUGUACCGGGACGUUUCCUCCUCUGUACUUUGAUGUGUGAAUUUUCUUUUGGUUGAACUGUGUAUGUAUUGUAUGCAUAUCAUGGUAUAAUAAAAUAUAUUUUGCUCUUUUA